GGAAGAGAGAGUGACACUCCCGCGCAAGAAGGAGGGUGGCAAUGACUUCUGCUUCAACUUGUCAAACUCAAAGGGUUGACGAGGAGAAGGAACCCAAAAGCAGCAAUUCAUCGAAAUCUUGUUUUCAGCCAACAGUCAGUUUGAAAGAUUGGUGGCUUAUUAGGGCUGAAAGAGAUUCUCAAGGAAGAACCCUUGCCGUUGCUGGGCUCACUUCUCGAGAGGGUCAAGCUCUGCGAGGAUUCACUUCUGCACCAAUUCUCAAGAUAUAUGAUGUUUUUAAUCUUGAGACCAUUGAUGGGAUAUGCGUUGUCCUCAAAGGCUUCAUAAACAAAAGUCGUUCAGAGGAAAAUGGUUUUCCAUCUGAGGUGAUCGGACAGUUUCUUUUUGGUUUUCCUCCUCAAUGGGAGACGUUCAAUGAGAAAUUCUUAGGAAGAGAAUCUAAAGGUAAGGCUUCUGCAAGUGAUGCCCUUUGUUUUGAAAAACCAUCCAUGUACUCUGAAAAGGUUAAAGAUCUAAAGAAGUUAGAUCAAAAUGAUCAUGUAGAGACUACCGGUGAAACAAUUCAGGAUCAUAAUGGGAGAAAAGAUUAUGAAGUAGAAGACAAUUUGAUGAGGGACAAUCAGAAUGAUGGAGAAGUUGCAAAUGAAGUUAUUGUACAAAAGAAGAAAAAAAGAGCAACAAGGUCAUCGGACCAGCUUAAUUCUACAAACACUUCUACAAGCAUUGCAAAGGAGCAAGGAAUACUGGAUCAUAAUGGGAUAAAAGACUAUGAAGUAGAAGACAAUUUGAUGAGGGACAGUCAGAAUGAUGGUGAAGUUGCAAGUGAAGUUAUUGUACAAAAGAAGACAAAAAGAGCAAUGAGGUCAUCGAACAAGCUUAAUUUUACAAACACUUCUACAAGCAUUGCAAAGGAGAAAACAAUACAGGAUCGUAAUGGGAGAAAAGACUAUGAAGUAGAAGACAACUUGAUGAGGGACAAUCAGAAUGAUGGAGAAGUUGCAAGUGAAGUUAUUGUACAAAAGAAGACAAAAAGAGCAACGAGGUCUACGGACAAGCUUAAUUCUACAAACACUUCUACAAGCAUUGCAAAAGAGCAAACAAUACCGGAUCAUAAUGGGAGAAAAGACUGUGAAGUAGAAGACAAUUUAAUGAGGGACAAUCAGAAUGAUGGAGAAGUUGCAAGUGAAGUUAUUGUACAAAAGAAGACAAAAAGAGCAAUGAGGUCACCGGACAUGCUUAAUUCUACAAACACUUCUACAAGCAUUGCAAAGGAGCAAACUGCAGAUGUUAAUCGAACAACUCACUUUAAAAGUUCAAGCACGGAAAAUGCAAAAAGAAAAUUGUCAUAUGGAAGUCCUCAGCAAGGGAAAGAGGCAGUUCGACUUAUCUCUCCUGAACCUUUGAGUUUUAACAGAUCUAGAUCAGGGAGAGUGCUACUUCCUCCGAUGGCAUUUUGGCGCAAUCAAAGAGCAGUUUAUGAUGCGGAUCAGAGGGUUACAGAAGUUAUACAAGGCGACCCGAAUCUGGAUUAUCUAUCUAGAGUGUGUAGAUCUGAACCAUCAAAAAAGAGACGGCAACACAGAUGAAAGUUAAAGCUCCUAUUGUCUAGUGGAAAUGUAAAGGAACCUAAAGGGGAGGCAUAAGCAACACUGGCACAUUUGUACAAAAAUGUGUGAAGGCUCUACAGUUUACUAAUGCCAUUUUUGGAUGCAUAUUUACUAGACAGAUAUCUCUUUUGUUUCUUAGAACAGCUUGCAAGCUACGAUGUUAACUCAUUUAUGCAGAUAGUUAUGUUAAUAUAUAGGUUCACUUGGACUGUAUCUUGGUAUAUCUGAAAGAAAAAAACUUUUCAAACACAUCAUGGUGUAUUGUGUAUCAGAAAUAGUUUCUCCGUCUUCACAAAGCAGGGUAAGGUCACUCUCUCCAGACUUUUCAAACACAUCGUGGUGUAUGAUGUAUGGUGUAUCAGAAAUAGUUUCUCCGUCUUCACAAAGUAGGGGUAAGGUCACCCUCUCCACUUGUGAUAUUACAUUGGAUAUGUUAUUGUUAUGUCAUGGUCACGUGUUGUCUUCCA